AUGCGACGACAGGUAGACAGCGAGCAGAUCACUGCCUCCCCCUACGCCUGGCCCCAUGACGCAUCCUUCAAUCAAAGGACCACGGCUCUUGUCAUUAUUGACAUGCAGCGCGAUUUCUGCGAGGUUGGCGGCUACUUCGACUGUCAAGGGUACGAUGUAGGCAGCGCUCGAGCACUCAUCCCCAUACUUCAAACCCUUCUCUCUGCCGCUCGCAAGGCUCAAUUUCCAAUCUUCUUUACCCGGGAAGGCCACAGACCGGAUCUUUCCACUUUGUCAAGCCGAGAACAAUUUCGCUCGAGAAAUAACCCGCGCCAUCUGGGGAUUGGGGACAGAGGUCCAUUGGGCAGAUUCCUAAUUCGUGGAGAGGCCGGACAUGACGUUAUUACUGAAUUGCAGCCACGUCCCACCGAUCUCCUUAUCGACAAGCCGGGACGAGGAGCCUUUGCUCACACUGAUUUUGAGCACGUUCUGCGGCUUCGUGGGAUCAGAAAUCUGAUCCUAACCGGGGUAACGACCGACGUUUGCGUGUCCACAACCAUGCGCGAGGCAAACGAUCGGGGAUUCGAUUGCAUCAUUGUGGAGGACGCGACAGCAGCAGCAACACCGGAACUGCACCGUUUUGCACUGGAGUCGGUGAAGAUGGAAGGUGGUAUCUUCGGUGCCGUCGCACACUCCCGACAUGUUAUUGGAGCCUUCAAUUAG